UUGCAGACUCGCCGAUCUUGCUGAAUGGGACACCUCAUUUGCGAGAAGCACCUUGCACAAAGAGCCGAUCGCUUUGCUGGGCUAGAGAUGUCGAUGAGCGGUGGAAACACAAGGAGAAGAGCGCCUGGCGCUCGCCACACCAACGGCGCGAGGGCAACUCUCUCCUACACACACUCAGGGGCCUCAGGUGGAGCUCAACUUUCUUCCGUGGUGUCUACAGUCGCUCCUGAGCCACCAUGAGGUCCACAUCGAAUGUCCUCAUCUUUCUCUCUUGCUUCGUUGCUGCCGGUUUGGCGCAACAGGCCACCCGUAAAGGUCAACUGGACCCUUGCCAAGUAAAGGGUCGCGUCGUCCCAGACGAGACAUACUGCGACAGAUACUGGGAAUGUGUUGGAGGUCAACCUGAGCUUUUUGACUGUCCCAACGGCCUCGUCUACGCCGGCAAAAACCGCGGUGUCACCGAGGGCUGCGACUACCCUUGGAGGGGAAACUACUGCGAAGGCAAACAGCUUGCCAAUUCUCCCAUUUCCACUGAGCACUGCGAUUGGCUCUACGGCAUCUUCGGACAUGAAACUUCCUGCACUCGCUACUGGACAUGCUGGAACGGAACUUCCACCGAACAGCUCUGCAUUGGAGGUCUGCUUUACAGUGAACAGGCCCACUCUUGCGACUGGCCCGACAAUGUCGAGGGCUGCCAGAAGCACCCCCUCUGUAAUGAAGACCCCAAUGGAAAUGUUCCUCUUGGAAAGUCGUGCAACAGGUACUGGCAGUGCCAGGGUGGCUACCCCCGUCUGCAGAGGUGCCCUGCCCAAUUGGUCUUCGACAGGCGAACCCUCCGCUGUAUUGCUCCCCCGACUGAAGAUUGCGAGGCUCCUCCUACCCCUGCACCUUUCGUUGAUGAAGACGACGACACCCCGCAGAGAGGCGGACAGAGCCUGGAGGAAGAAGAGGAAAAUGUUCCUGCACCCCGACCUCAGCAGGCCAGACAACCUCAGCAAGCCAGGCCAAGCAACAACAACAACAAUAAUAAUAAUAAUAGGCCACGCAACUGAUUUACCGUUCAUUUUAAGCUUAAGUUUAAAUAACGUUAUUUUAUUUUAAUAAGCUAAACUUGCCUUGUGAAGAUAGUGGGUGUAGUAUUGCCACGAGAGGCCAUUGAUUGAGAAAUUCUAGGUGCAGAAAUUGAAAUCUCAUGUAUAGAAAGCAGGUUUGUAAUUAAUAAAAAUGUUUAGACACCCUGA